GGAACAUACUGUAAACCCUCUCCUGAUAUUUUGGACUUCCAAAUCCCAGCAGCUCCAGACAACAUAACUAAGUAAAGAGUGAGCUAUGACACAAGCGAGACAUGGCCUGUAUUGGUUUCAGAACCUUUCACUGCUGUCCCUUGAUCUUUGGAAAUACGGCAUGUUGGCCCUGUCCCUUCUCCUGCUCUUGGUGGCAUUAAUCAUUUUGACCUGUCAACUAUGCAAAUGCUGGGCACUCAAGAAAUCUGAGACAGAAAGACAACACAUCAAGGAAGCUCAGAAAGAGAGAAGGCAAGAGAACGGCUUCCAAGGAAAAAGGUUAGAGGCACCUCUCCUUGGCUUUGGACAACAGCCCUAUCAUGAAGUCAAGAUUAAAAAAAUCCAAAAGAAGCUUAAGAAGCUUGGUAUCUGCCUCUCACCCUCCUUGGCCAACAGCAGUAGCUCUGACGUGGGCCACCUGGCAAGUGAAACCAAUGUUCCUGACAGAUCCCAGGGAAAACUGAGAUUCUCACUUCUCUACAACAACCAGCACCUUGAGCUGCUCUUGACAGUUGUGGAGGCCCUGGGCCUCCCCAGCCAAGAGUGCACCAACGCCUUCGUCCAGGUCAGGGUAUUAAGCUGGGCCUCCUCCCCAUCCCCCAAUCUCCAACGUAUCAUCCAUGAAUGGCAAACUCAAGUAGUGAAGAAUGGCAGCAGCUCCAUUUUUGGGGAUCAGUUCACUUGUAUCCUGCAGGAGACUGAGCUGUCCAAGAGCAGCAUCAGGUUAGAGGUUAAACACUUUGACAGGUAUUCCCGGCAUAUACCUCUAGGAGAAGUGAGGGUAUCCUUAAAUACCCUCAGCACUUCUGAAAGCGUGGAAUUCUGUGAAGAGCUGCAUAAGGUAACUAAGGACACAGUCGGAGAAGUCCUUGUGUCGUUGAAGUGCCUUCCCAUCUCUCAGAGGAUAGAAAUUGGGCUACUGAAAGUUAAAACUGCCUUGCUGUAUAAUAGUCCUGACAAACGGAUAUAUGCCCGAAUUGACGUCUUCUGCAACCUUCAUAAGCAGAAGCAUCAGAAAUCCAAACCCAAGACUCUUGCCUCAGUGAUUGUUUUCAAUGAAACUUUCCUGUUCCACUUGCCGGAGCCUGUUGUUUGGGACUGUGCUGUUCUCAUUUCCGUUUAUGAAAUAGAGCCCAAGGGCAGGCAGCUUGUCGGACAGGCUGCCCUGGGGAAACGAGGACCCAACGACAGGGAUGAUCACUGGGACUGCAUGAUGCAGUCCCUCCAGCAGCCUGUCGCUAAAUGGCAUCCUUUGCUCAUUUGAAAGGAGGCUCUUGUUACCACGGGGACCUCGCUGGCUAGGCCCUCCCCUCUCCUACAAGCAGCAGCAAAAACAUUCAGAGUGAGUCUCUGAAGCAAAUGCAAGUAACAUCUGGACGAGCUCAGUUAGAGCUGCUGUCAUGGAAGCCACACGGCUUGUUUUGCGACAACCUUUUAACUCCUUCACUUCCCUCAUUCCCAUAGUAACCCCACUAAUGAAAGUAACAUUUUUUUAAAAGCUAGCACCAUCUUACUUUCCAUUAUGCUAGCAUCUAGAUCCAGAUGUGUCGCUUCCAGAAAUUGGGGAAACAUGUAUGUCCUCUUCUGGAAAGCAUUUCCAGAUUUGAAAAAAGAGGUUCCUGGGCCC